GCGGAGCCGCGAGAAUAACUCCAGACCAAGGAGGGAAGUGCGGCUGGGCGGGCGCGGAGCUCCGGCGGAGCGUGGGGAGCGGCAGCUCGAGGGCCGCAGCGCCUUCAGCACAGGCGCCAGGCGACGGCAGAAGGGCGCCGGUGCUCUCCCGUAAACACGCUCCCGGCCCGCCGCCUUGGUGCCGGGACUGCUAUGUAAGCCCGCGGCUGCGGAGGAAGGGACCCAGGAGCAGGGGCCGGCCCGGGGCCGCGCUGACCGUCCUUCGUGCGGGUGCCGCCGCUCAGCCCUUGCCCACCCGCUCGCUCUUUCCUGCAGCCUCGUUGGUCCGGUUGCCUCUCGCCUUGUCGCGCGCCAGCAGUUGCGGUGCCCUGCGACCAUGGUGACGAUGGAGGAACUGCGGGAGAUGGACUGCAGCGUGCUCAAAAGGCUGAUGAACCGGGACGAGAACGGCGGCGGCGCGGGCGGCAGCGGCGGCCACGGUGCGCUGGGGCUGCUGAGCGGGGGCAAGUGCCUGCUGCUGGACUGUAGACCGUUCCUGGCGCACAGCGCGGGCUACAUCCGAGGCUCCGUCAACGUGCGCUGCAACACCAUCGUGCGGCGGCGGGCCAAGGGCUCUGUCAGCCUGGAGCAGAUCCUGCCCGCCGAGGAGGAGGUGCGCGCCCGCUUGCGCUCCGGCCUUUACUCGGCCGUCAUCGUCUAUGACGAGCGCAGCCCGCGCGCCGAGAGCCUUCGCGAAGACAGCACCGUGUCCCUGGUGGUGCAGGCACUGCGCCGCAACGCCGAACGCACGGAUAUCUGCCUGCUCAAAGGUGGCUAUGAGAGGUUUUCCUCUGAGUACCCAGAAUUCUGCUCCAAAACCAAGGCGCUGGCUGCCAUCCCACCUCCUGUGCCCCGCAGCGCCACAGAGUCCUUGGACAUGGGCUGCAGCUCCUGCGGGACGCCUCUGCACGACCAGGGAGGUCCUGUCGAGAUCCUUCCCUUCCUCUACCUCGGCAGUGCCUACCACGCUGCCCGCAGAGACAUGCUGGAUGCCCUGGGGAUCACAGCCCUGCUGAAUGUCUCUUCAGACUGCCCGAACCACUUUGAAGGACACUACCAGUACAAGUGCAUUCCCGUGGAAGACAACCACAAAGCUGACAUCAGCUCCUGGUUCAUGGAAGCCAUCGAGUACAUCGAUGCCGUGAAGGACUGCCGUGGGAGGGUGCUGGUGCACUGCCAGGCGGGCAUCUCUCGCUCGGCCACUAUCUGCCUGGCCUACCUGAUGAUGAAGAAGCGGGUGCGGCUGGAAGAGGCCUUUGAGUUCGUCAAGCAGCGCCGGAGCAUCAUCUCACCUAACUUCAGCUUCAUGGGGCAGCUGCUGCAGUUUGAGUCCCAGGUGCUGGCCACAUCCUGUGCUGCCGAGGCUGCUAGCCCUUCUGGCCCCCUGCGGGAGCGGGGCAAGGCCACCCCAACCCCGACCUCACAGUUUGUCUUCAGCUUCCCCGUGUCUGUGGGCGUGCACUCGGCCCCCAGCAGCCUGCCCUACCUGCACAGCCCUAUCACCACCUCUCCCAGCUGUUAGAGCCAGCAGCAGAGCCCCGGACACACAGCUGGCCCCAGCGAGACCCCCAGUGAGGGUUGGGUGAGGCACACACAUAUGGGCAGCAAGUAGGGCCUGACCAGCUGGGGCAGGUGACCAAGGUCCGUCCUGUCCAUUUCUCCUCGGCCAACCAACCAUGGGGCCAGAUAGAAUGGCAAUAAGGACUUUGAACACAUAUUAAAAGCAAACAGGCAAAACACUCCAACUUAUAGCAAUAACGGCUGCAUCAGUGGCCAGGGAAGACCUUGGUUUGGUUUAUGUGUCAGUUUUACUUUUCAGGUAGAAAUUUCUUACCUCAUUUUUUUAAGCAGUAAGGCUUGAAGUUAUGAAGCCCACAGACCCUGGCAAAUGUGCCCAGCCAGUUUCCUUACAGGGGGAGGGAGCAAGGGGAAGGACAACACGAAGAAGAAAAGGAGUUUGCCAGAAGUGCCUGGUUCUGUCUGCUUGUCCUACUAUUACUGUUGUUGUAGUCACAGGAAUUUUGUUUUUUAAAAGAAAACUAGGAUAAUGGUUUUCAUUUCUAAUUAUUCACCAGUAGGUGAAUAAUUAUGCUUAAUAAUAAAUAAAAAUAUUUAUUACGAGUUUCCUCAGAGUAUGUCAGUACAAGGAGUCUAGUGGCAGUGAAUUUAGUGUAUGUUUCUGUUGAUGUCAAAUAGCAGAGCACAAGAGCAUGCCAGUGUCCAAACAGCGGGGCAGUCAUGGGGUCACGCAGGGCUAUGGGAGUGCAGGGUGGUCAUCGUGUGCUUGUCGACAGUGAGACGCAGGCAGGUUGGGGAGGGGGAGGACAAGGAAAGGAGAGGACCACUUUUUAAUUAGUUUUACAGCUGGUUCCUGGGCACAUGGACCAUAACCAUACAACCAUUUCUCUCCGAUAAUCUAUUUGAUGGUUGGAGUGUUUUUCUUUGAGACCUGUGUAGGGCUUGUAUGUGGUCUGUGAUAAAUGCCAUAUUCUAUAUAAGGUGCUCCUGGAAAAUUGGGUGCACUUCAGAUUUUCCUAUAGUGACAUAAUUUGGCAAGGCCAUGGGGGAAACCAGAUCUCUUUCAAUACCUGAAGUGAAUCUUUUUGUAAGUUGAAAUACUGUCUUGCUUUUGCAUAAAUCAGAGUUUUUAAUUUAAGGGGGGUUUAUUUAAAAUGAAGUGUACGAACAAAUCCUUGUGUUACUAAAUUACAGCAAGGUGAAUUUUUUAAAGGCCCUUUGUCUUUUGAAUAAAAAGUGGAUGGAUGCCAUGUUUCAGGUCUUUCUAAAGAUUAGAGGGAUAAGAGGCCCCCUUGAAGGCAGUGUAGGGCUGGCUGCUGGCUUAGGAGGUACUUCAUGCCUACUUGGGAGCCAUUUUGAAUCCUUAGGCUAAUGCCAUUUUUAGGGGCCUUUCCAAAUGGAGGAAUGGCUUUAGAGAGAAAAGGACAUUUUUCUGUGGGGAGGGGUGGGAGGGGGUAGAGGGAAAAAGCUACGUGUUACUUCAUUUGUAGUGUUGUGGAACAGUGUUGUUUUGGAUUAGGUCAUUGCAAACUUGUCUAGAGAUGAGAGCAUUUUUUUAUAGCCUUCUAAGAGUUUAGCUCUCUGAACAUUAUUGCUCAGCUGUAAGUAACGUCAGCUCUCAAUGUCACUGUUGUGUAGGAACGCCAUUUCUCGUUGGGUACUGCAGACCGGCCUGAGUUCAAUACGUUUCCUUCUGCCUUUCUGUGUCAAGCCCUGUCUUUGGGAGAGGGCAGAGUUCCCACUUCCUGGUUUUAGAAAGCCCGGAAGUGCCCUGUAUCUUUGGGAGCCACCUGGCUGAAGAGUCAUAGGGCGUCACAAGGGGGGGUGAGGGUCCCAGAUGUCAGACUCCUUCAGAGACUGUGCAGCCGGACAUUUCCACUUCUUCCAUGGUUCCUGAAGUCACUUUGUGUCUCCACUUUGGUGGAGACUGAGGUCAAGUGAGUUCUGCACUGCAAGAGGCUCCGGUGCCAGGACCAGAUGGGGCAGCAGAGGGGCUACAGGAGGGGAGGGGCGGGCGACCCCAGAAGAUUCACUUUUUAUACAGUGUGUGUAUAUUUGCCAAAUCUGUCCUUUUUUAGACUUGAUCCCAACUACAUAGAUAGUAGGAACUCAGGAUUAGCUCCAAAUGUCUUUCUCUGCUUCCCAGUUCAAGUCUUCUGUCUCAGUGUCAAACAGCUAUUUAUAUAAAGUCAUUUUCUUUGUACUUGGUAACAGCAUGACUCUUAGAAAUAAAAUAGGACAUUGGCUCGAUUGAA